AUGACUUCCAUUAAAAAGGCGUUAAAAACCCAUUUUGGGUUCGAUAAGUUCCGAUCCCAGAAGCAGGAGGACGUUGUUAAAGCAGUUGUUAAAGGUGACAGGGAUGUUUUUGUGUGCAUGCCAACUGGGGCAGGGAAGUCCCUCUGCUACCAGCUUCCUGCAGUGUUGGCGAAGGGCAUUACCUUGGUUAUAUCCCCUCUAAUCGCUCUUAUCCAGGACCAAGUGGAGCACCUAAGAGACCUGAACAUUCCUGCAUGCUCCAUCAACUCCAAGCUCCCUGCGGGGGAGCGCCGUCUGAUCCUGGCCGAUCUGGAGAGUGAGAGCCCCAGGCUGAAGCUGCUUUACAUCACCCCAGAGAUGGUGGCCUCCCCUGCCUUCCAGCCCUGCCUGACAGGCCUGCUUUCCCGGAGCCUCCUCUCCUACCUGGCUGUGGACGAGGCUCACUGUGUCUCCCAGUAGGGGCAUGACUUCAGACCAGACUACCUCAAACUGGGCAAUCUGCGUGCCCGUCUUCCUGGGGUACCCUGCGUGGCGCUGACGGCCACGGCACCCCAGAAGGUGCAGGAGGACAUAGCAAAGUCCCUGAGGCUGCGAUCACCGCUGUCCUUUGCCACGCCCGUGUUUCGCAGUAACCUGCAUUAUGAGGUGGUGUACAGGGAGUUACUGGAGGACCCCUACAAGCACCUGCAUGCCUUCAUCAGGGAGGCCCUGACCCUGGGGGAAGGCCCCAAAGGACAGGGUUGUGGAAUCGUGUACUGUCGGACCAGAGAAAGCUGUGAGACGGUGGCUCACCAACUGACUAAGCUGGGAGUCCUGGCCAAGCCUUACCAUGCAGGGUUGAAGGCAGGAGAUCGCACAGAGGCUCAGACUGAUUGGAUGCAGGGUAAGGUGCUUGUCAUUGUGGCCACCAUCAGCUUCGGCAUGGGGGUGGACAAAGCUAAUGUCAGGUUUGUAGCCCAUUGGAACCUGGCCAAGUCACUGGCCAGUUACUACCAGGAAUCUGGGCGUGCGGGACGAGACGGGCUGCCCUCUUCCUGCAGGACAUACUACUCCCCCAAGGACAGGGAGCAGUUGAACUUCCUCAUCCGCAAGGAGGUGGCGCGCAAACAGGCAAAGCGUGGUUCCGAGAAAGAUCAGGACAAGGCUUCCAUCACAGACUUCGAGGCCAUGGUGUCAUUCUGUGAGCAAGAGGGGUGAGUGUUAUAUAACACAGGGGUUUCCGAACUUUUUCACUCAGGCCCCCCUUCCAGCAUUGGGGAACAUCUCGCGCCCCCCCUGCGCUCGCGCGCCAUGUCUAUUUCUGUGGGCACUGUUCAUAACACAAACUGUCACACCCCUCUUGUUGGCGGAGAGAAGAUUAUGCAGGUUUAAACGCUUACAGUAUUUCCUGCAAAUCUACA